AUGGCAGUAUUAAUGCAUUUAGUUCGAAACAGUCCAGCAGGAAGCCUAUACACAACAAUAAAUUCAACAACAGUUGGUCAACAUGAGAAGCUAAAAUCUAGAAGGGUAAAUGAAAUGAACAAAGAUGCUGCUGAUGUUUAUGCUGAAAACUGGAAAGAAAUAGCACGAGAUAAAAUACCUAAUGAUUGGAAUCUGUUACAGUCGUUGGGUAACCACGAGUUCGACGACGGGGUGGAAGGUCUCGAGCCGUUCCUGAAGACUGUUAAGACACCUUCGGUGGCCGCCAAUCUCGACCUCUCAGCAACUCCAGGCCUGGCCCAGGGCAACCUCCACAGCUCCUGGAACCUCAUGGUCGCAGGCGUCAACGUCUCAAUCAUUGGCUACCUCACUCCCCAGACCAGUUAUCUGGCACGGCCAAGACCCGUCAAGUUCUUUGAUGAGAUACCUGUACUUCGGAACCUUUCAAAAGAGGCAAAGGAGCAAGGGGCGAAGAUAGUCAUAGCCUUAGGGCAUUCCGGUUUCACUAUGGACAAGGAAAUCGCCAAGAACGUUCCGGAUGUAGAUGUGGUCGUUGGAGGACACUCAGACACCUUUCUUUACACAGGCACGCCUCCAGACAUCGAAGUCCCAGAAUCGACAUAUCCUCACGUGGUGACACAAGCAUCAGGAAAGAAAGUACCUGUAGUACAGGCAUACGGGUACACCAAAUAUCUCGGACAUUUGGUCUUGGAAUUCGAUGAUCAAUACAAUCUAGUCUCAUCCAGUGGCAAUCCCAUCCUAUUGGAUUCUUCGAAACCUCAAGCAAAACAUGACGGUAACUCUGGACGAGGAAGUGGGAAGCAGCCUGGUCGAUCUUGUGGGGAUUGCAGGUCGAAGGAAUGCAAUCUCGGCAAUUUCAUCUCCGAUGCUCUUGUCGACUAUCACGCACAGACCGAGACCUCACAUCAUGCUGGUUGGACCAACGCACCCAUAGGCAUCAUGAACGGUGGUUCGAUUCGGACUUCCGUGCCAUUGAUGGAAUCUAGAGGGAGAAUUUCGGAAGGAGAUUUAAUCACCAUAAUACCGUUUGACAACCCGAUAUCAAGGGUAACACUUAGCGGCGAGGUUCUCAAGGAUGUCCUGGAGACAAGCGCGCGACAGAUUGGCGCAGGGAGCUUUCUCCAAGUAUCAGGCCUUCGUGUCACAUACGACCUCACAAAAGAACCUGGAUCUAAAGUGGUCUCCGUGGAAACGCUUUGUGGCGCCUGCAGCGUCCCAACCUACAGUCCACUCAGGCUCAACGACACCUACAGCAUCCUCGUCACAGAGUACUUAGUCCAAGGUGGAGACCAGUUUUUACAGUUCCAAACAGCUCCUGGAGUUCAGACAGAGUUGCUCCAUUGGAAUGACUUGGAGGCUGUGCGGAGCUAUAUGGUAAAGCGACAGCCGGUCUAUCCGGCAGUGGAGAAUCGCCUUCGAUUCGUAUCGGAAGAUUCCGUCUUACACUCAUCGGCGAACUUCGCAUCAUCGUCCGUCGUUGUAGUGGCGACGGCAGUCUUCAUCAUUUUCUUUUUGGGAGUAUGACGAAAAUUUCAAUAUUAAACCACGUCACAUUCCAUCUUAUUGCAAUUCUCCGUGGUUUAGGCCAAUGUAUUUGAAAUUAAGCUAUUAAGUUUUAAAAACUUGUUCUUGUAAAGAAGCAAAGGUUAACUGAUUUUUAACAUUCCUUUUUGGCGUAAUAGCUGAAUGAAAGAUAUUAAGAAAAAAAGUAUUUUCUGUAUUGUUAACAAAUAAUUUGUUGUAUAGUAAUAGUAUUUUUGAAUUAUGGAAGGCUCGUGAACGUAUGUUGCUAUUUCUUGUUCUAAGAUAAGAAAGUCUUAUUGAGAAUAAGUAUUCUACAAUUAUUAAGAAAAAUUCUUAUGUAUUAUGUCAAACUUUCGAUUUCUGAAAGUAAUUAAGUGUUUGAGAUUAUAAGUUUUCGAUUUAAAGUAUGAUAGUAAUUUGAAUGCUGUAAUUAUGUUAGUAAUUUAAUUGCGGAAUAAAUUGUGACGAAAUUUAUAAUAAUUAUAUGUACAACCAAAGAUUUUAAUACCUGCACUAUGGGUGUAGUUUAAAUGUGUCAAAUAGAAUAUUAAUGUCUAUUUUUUAGCUGAGUUAAGAGCUCUUGGUACAGUGUGGAUUUUUUAUGAUGUAAACUUUUGUUUUAGUUACUGGAUAUUUUUAAAAUACACUUAUUACCGUCCUAACGCGUAAAGCAACUUGUUGAUAAUAAACUGUUUUCUUGUUACUGUUCUUUAAA